GGGGAGACCUUGGAGCCCCUUCCAGUGCCUAAAGGGGCUCCAAGAGAGCUGGAGAGGGACUUUGGACAAGGGCCUGGAUUGACAGGACGAAGGGGAAUGGCUUGGAGCAUCUACAGAACCAGCAUGAAGUCCACUCAGUGACUAACAAGAUGUAACCACCCUCCUAAAGUCUUGGAGGCUUGGAAGUAAGAAGCCAGGGGAAGCUUGGCACUGUCACUGUGCCCACAGUUGUUCCUGCAGUGUCUCAGUGGGCUUUUCCCACCUCCAGCAGCACCAAAACAUGGUACAUACCAUACCCUGGUCCUGUUGGUGCUCUCCCAUCAAACCUCCUGUCUGGCUUAAGCAGUUUCUGUGCCUUUGGGAGGCCGAUCUGCCUAAAAUUUGCUGCUAAUUGUCAUAAUCUGUGUUGAUAAUAAGUCUGAUAAAAUUCAUGGCCAUGGAAAGCAGUGAGGUGGAAAAAGCUGACCGGCUGUGUGCUUGGUGCAGUGUGCCUGUCACUGGGAAAAGAGCUCCCAGCUUCCUCUCAUGAAAUAGGAGUUAUUUGCAGCUAUUCUCAGAGACAAGAGCCCCAGUUGGUGUGUGUGUUCCCCAGCUGGGGUGAUGGAGCAUAGGGAGUUCAGUCAGUGCUUCGGGUCUCUUCCCAGGGGGGUCUCAAAGUAGUCAAGUCUCUCAGAAAAUGACGGGUUUAGGUUUCUUAUUUUAUUAUACGAAAUAAGUGUUUUUUUCAACAGAUAAGUCACUUAGUGAAUUUAUGUGCGUAUUUAUAUUCUGAAUUUUAUCUUUGGCAAAAUAAAGCUGUUAAGACUCCUGUUGAACUCAAGCUGGAGUAGCAUUUUAAUGCCAGUGUGGCAAUCUGCUCUGACUUACUCUGCUCCUCGACUCAAAAUAAACUGUGUGUAAAACUGGUGUAUUCAAACACAACUCUCCAACUAAUUGUGCAGUUUGGUAGCGCUUGGGAGAAGUUGAAGCACCAGGAGAGUGAGUGAGGUGCUGGUUUGUCGUUGUGGACCCCUUGUCCUUGUCUGUCCAUCCCAACCCCAUCCUCAUGGAUUGUUGUGACACACCGAUGGCAAACAGGGAGGAAAUGCCUUCUGGCAUGGCUGGCCACUGUCCUCCUCACCUUAGUGCUCUCCACCCAGACAUGCACAGUUGGGUGAAGUCACAGGGGUCUGCAAAGCUCUCUGGUCCUCCAUGUCUCAUCUCAGGGACAGUCCUGACAGGGUUUAGUGGAGCAGUUCCAGGUACUGGAUGGCUGGAAAAGCAGUUGGCAGUGAGGGUUUGCAGUGCCCUCCUCUGCCUCCAAACAUCCUUCCCUCUCUGCAGAGCUGCUGUUGUAGGAAACGUGCCAUGGAUUUGGUGGAGUUGUAGGCUGAGGAGGUGGCUCCUACUAGACCAGAUGACAGAGCUGGGGAAUAGAAGUCUUUUUUUUGAAUGUGGGUCAGGGAGGAGCAGCUGCCGUGGUGCGGGGUGGGUGACUGGGGACGCCGUGGCAGCCCGGGCUGUGCUGUGGUGCACGGUAUCCCUUUCACUCUCAAGCUGUUCGUGCUAGUUUGUGAGGCUUAUCUCUGAAGCAAACACUGCUGUGGUUCUCCUGGCUGUUGUAAGAUGGUGGUGGGAGCAGUAGGUGUUCAUCCCCACCCGGCUGCCUCCCACUCAGUGAGAGCCUUUGACGUACAGGAGCCGACAGAACUGCUCUCUUUUGGCUUCUCUCUCCUUUCCCGAAAUGGCCGGGAGAGUGAUAUUCGGGUCAGCUGCCUCCAGUGUGUCAUUUUCUUUUGACACUCAUCCCUCUGAGCGAAGAGGAGGAGCCCGGUGGGGAAACGCUGUGGAGCUGUUGGCUGCAGUGGACUCGGGUGUAGUUAAAAGGGUGCUGUGGUUAUUCGAGUUGCUAAUCACAUCAAGGCAGGGACAUCUCUCUGAUGCCUGACUGGAACUGUAUGGGAGUGAGGAUGGCCUUUCCCAGACCUCGCUGCCAGAGAGCUGGAGGGACCCAGGUAAGCACAUGGGUGCUCCAGCCUGUCCAAAGGCAGUUCCCCAGCAGUGCAUGUUUUGUGGGGUGUGCAACACGCAGUGGUACCCGGGUGUUCUCUGUUCUUCCAUUUGGACCUUCCACUUCCUGUGUGUUCUGUGAUUUUCCACUUGAAAUACAGUUGUUCUUGUGUGUCUGCAGUGCUCAGGGUCAGAGUGGGUGUCUGUCCAUAGCUCUGGGGUCUUGGGUAGGCCAAGGUGCUCCCGUUCCCUGUGUGUCCCCAGGUGUGCUGGGCCUGCCCACACAGGCAGAGUUUGCAGCAGGACACUCUCCUGCUAUUUCCCACCACUCUUCCCAGGCUGGCGAGUGCAUCCUGAAAGGGGCUGAAUCCUGGGAUUCAAUGCCUGGUGUGUGCAGGAACCCCGGCCCUGCUCCAUCGCACUCCCGCUUGGAUUGCUGUUGCUCACUCAGGACCUGCCUUUUGUCAUCCUUCCUGCUGGGUUUUUUCCAUCUUUAUCCUUCCAUCGCCCAUAUUUGUAAGAGUAACCACUGGAAGCACAGGUGCAGCAGGCAACAGCACGAUAUUUUUGAUAUUUUAAUAAUAUAUUCUUUUAUAUCGUGCCAGUGCUGUGCAGGGCGCGUUGGGCAGGGGUGGGCACUGGGAGGGGGAAGAUCUCAGGUCACAGUUUCACUUUGCCUGUGUGGUUCUAGUCCCUGCAACUUGGUCACGCUCUGUUAUGUUCAUUCUUACAGGAGAAAUUGCUUUGCUGCCCUUGCUCUUGUCCUAGACUGGUCUCCGUGGUACCCAGGGAAUGGUGAUGGGCACAGAUUGAAACAGGGAAGAUUCUGCUUAAACAUAAGAAAAGCUUUUUAUACUGUGAGUAUGGUCAGAUGCAGUAGGAUCAGGCUGCCCAGUCUUACUUUUCAAUGCUUGUGGGGUCUCCACCCCUGGAGAUAUUUAAUAGGAUCUAGAUGCCCAGAGAGCUUGUGAGGUCUCCAGCCUCGAAGAUAUUUAAAACUGGACAUGGACCCGCCAACCUGCUCUGGUUGACUCUGUUUUGGGUUGUAAAAUAGUUUAAACUACUGGUUAUGGGAAUGUUACACAUUUCUGAUGGUGAUGCAUAUGGGUACCAGGGUUGAGCAUCUUCAGAAUAUAAGUGACUGACUCAAGUAAAUGGGUGGCUCUCCCCUUACAAAGGAGCUGUCUCAGCACUGGGCUGGUUGGGUGUCUGCUGUGUUUGACCUUGGAAGUAUUUUAGCAAGUGGUAACACCUCGUGUGGCUGAGCCAGGCUUUAGUAGCCCUGAGCUGAGGAGCACGUGGUGUCUCAUCAGGUGGUGUCUGGGAGCAUCUCCUCAGGAGGAGAACUCGGUGUCUGGGAGGUGAGUGCUGUCUGUGCAUGAGCAGCUUGUGGAAAAGCCUGCAGGAUCCCCGUGGUGUGGAACAAAGGGAGCUGACGUGGUCCUGUGCAGGGUUAAGAGUUGGACUCGAUGAGCCUUGUGGGUCCCUUCCAACUCAGAAUACUCUGGGCUUCUGUGGCAGCUCACAGUUGGGAGUGUUGUGUGCACCUGAGGCCACACUCACCCGGCCUGAUGGUCAUUUCAGCUGGUAGGAACACUCUGUCUCGAGGAUGUCCUCCAGAUCUUUAGAUUUUAAGGGUGCAAACAGCAGGCCCUGGCCCUGUUGUGUGCAGACAGCCUGGGCUGGCAGUCCCAGAGCUCAGGGUUUGGUUAAACAGAACAGCAGUGUCAGGUGGUUUCUCUAGUAUGGCUUGAGCUUUAGAUUCAAAAUCUUGGGAAAAAAAAUUGUUCUUUACCUACCCUGUAAUUCCUUGUUUUCAACAUCCAUCUGAAAGACACAGGGAAAGAGUUUUCCUGUGCAUUCCCAGCUCCUCCACAGGGACGAAUGAGCCACUCCCUCUUAGGGGCUGGGGGAUAUGAUCUGUGGUACAAGCUGCACAUUCCUGAGCUGGUUUUGAGCAGGGAUCACAUGGGAUUUCUCUUCCUUCAUAUUUACAUUUACCAGGCUUAUUGGGAGACAGGGAGUGUGGAGGAGACUCCAGACCCUUCAGCUCUGGACUGUGCUGGAGAAAUGCUGUGAGGUGUGUGAGGGUGAGGAGGUGAGAGGAGAGAGGGAGAGCUCUGGAGACGCCGGGUUGGUUCUGAGCUCCAGCAGCCCUUCCCUUGCUGGGUUAUUCCUCAUCCACCAGCGGGUUGUGAAGGAGGGGGGAUGUUGCUGCUCCAAGCUCCGUCCUGGCACGGUGCUGGUCCCGAGGUCUGGCACGAUGCCACGUUGGUGUGAGCGAGGGUUUCCCUGCGGGCUGUCAGACGGCGUCUGGGACCGCUUGGUUCUCUCCUUUAUUACAUUUCACAUCACCACAGUGCUGGCGGCACCUGGGGCUCCCUCUGCCUCCUGAUACCUGGAGUGUGCAGCAGAGGUGUGAGGAGCAGCCUCGGGCUUGCUGGGUGUCACACAGCUCUGCCCCGAGCCCUUGCAGAAGUGCCCAGCUCUGAGCUGGCACAGCUCAUUCCCGUCGUUCAAAGGGACUCUGAUUGCCGAGGUGUGUGAAGGGAUUCAGGCUGACACAGACCCCGCCACAGGUCUCCAGAAUCUCACGGGGUGACAGAGGCUGUACAGCCCAGCCUCCAUUUUCCAUGGAGCCUCGAGUCAGGCUCACAGCUCGCCCUGUCCUCACGGACCCUGCUCCUCCAAGCUGGGAUCCGCGCGUUCCGGGGGGCCUGCCCUGGACACGAGGCUUCCCGGAGCACUGUGGUUGCUGUAGGUGCAGUAGGAGCUGGUUUGGGCCAGCACGAAACACGUCGUGAUUUUCAUUUGAAUUUUGUCACUGCGGGGGAGUGUUGCUAAAAUUGUCACUUGGCUUCCCAUGUUAGCAGUACCUGAGGGCACGCCGAGGCGGCCGGAGGUUCGUGUCUGAGCUGCAAAUUCCAGUUUAUCUGUGAGCUGAAUGCUCGGGUGGGUAUAUGUUGAUUUUCAAAGAGAUACGUUCUUGACAUCUUUAUUUUUUUGACAGCGCAAGAAUCUUAUUAUAUCCCUACCUCUUACCCAUAUUUUCUGUUCUAUUUAUAUCCCGCGUUGGAUCUGUGGUCUCGGGAUUCAACGGGGGUUUUUCAGGCUCGGGGGGUUGGUCUGGGGAUCAGCAGAGCCUUGUUAUCCUGCCUGGGAUUGGAAGGCACCGUUCAGAAAUGGUUUCCAAAUUGACAUUGACAUUGUGGCUUUUUCCAAACCCUUCUCUGCUGCUGCCACGUGAGCCCUGCCAACUGACAGAGGAUUUGUUUGAAAGAGCACUGUGUGCUCUCCAAAAAGUCCCAACCUUUUUCCUUCCCAAGUGCUCUGUAAGAUCAAAAAUAAAACUCAGUACAAUUUUCUUAUUCUUUUUCAUCUGUGUUGCCGAAAAUAGGAGGGAAGUUGGUAGUGAUCGAGCCCACUUCCUUCACAAAGGAUAGAAGGGUGAUGGCUGUGAGUUGUCUUAGCCCAGGUAUUCCUGGGAAUACCCCCACAUCCUCGCCCUUGUGUCACUUGGGAGGAUGGACACUGGAAUUGCUGCUCAUGGAGUGCAGGUGGCAUCAGCACAGUGCUCGCCAGGAUUUGGGAUGUGCUGGUCCCUUGCUGGUGCUGGGUCUGACCCCAACUCUCUCCUUUCUUGAGCAAUAAAGUCUUACUCAUUUUUCAGGUUAAAAAAAAAAAAAGGGCAACUUCUCUGCUUCCUCAAAAGUACUUGUAAAUCAUGUAGUUUCUUACUUUUCAAUGUAAAUGAGAUUUGAAUGAAUAAUGCUAAUUAUUCAUUCAUCCUAAUUCAAAUCCUAUUUUAAUUAGCCCGUGGGCCCAAUUUCACUUUCAUGCAGCAUGAAACCUCUUUUGAUUAACAACAGAAUUGCCAUGCAUUUAUUCUUCUUUUUUUUCUUGCUCAGCACAUGUCUUUUUAAACUGCUUAAAACCAAAACAAAACAAAUAAAUCACUAAUAAAUUAAUCAAAUUUUAUUUGCAUGACCCAUGAGGACAUAUUCUAAGGGGGAGAAAAGUCUUCUCUAGAUAUAUUGAUUCUCCUUAACAACUGCCUCAGGGCUACAAAACCUCCUGCAGACAAACCUUUCUGAGGAGGUGCUGGUGAACUGUGGUGCCAUCCAUGGACAUACUGAGGCUGUGCCCAGCCCCACUGUUGAUGGAAUGACAGGGAAUGACAGGAAGUGAAUCCUGGGGUCAGAGAAGCAUCACAGAAGAGCUUGGGCUGGAAGGGAUCCAUAAGGAUGAUCCAGUCCAACUCCCUGAUCCUCACAGCACUGCCUAGUGCUGAACCAAACCAACACAACUCCCUGCACCCCCCUGCUCAGGUGCUUUGGGCUGCAGCUGCCAGUCUGUACUGGGAUGGAGCCCAGGACAUCCAGUCUGUACUGGGAUGGAGCCCAGGACAUCCAGUGUGUACUGGGAUGGAGCCCAGGACAUCCAGUCUGUACUGGGAUGGAGCCCAGGACAUCCAGUGUGUACUGGGAUGGAGCCCAGGACAUCCAGUCUGUACUGGGAUGAGCCCAGUCUGUGCUGAGAUGAGGCCAGGACAUCCAGUGUGUGCUGGGACAUGGGCCAGUCUUUACUGACACGUGGCCACGGGAUCCAGUCUGUACUGAGCUGAGGUCCAGUCUGCUCAGGGAUCCAGUUUAUACUGGGCUAGGACCCAGGCUGUGCUGGGACAGGAUCAGGAGAUGGUUCUGAGGGCGUUUGGGAUUUGACAGCCUGGAGUGAGGUUGGUUUUAACCCCCAUCUGGUGUGUGUGGUGCUGCCUUCCAGGUGCCUCCAUCCCAGCGGGAUGGGGACAUGGCUGGAGCAUCUGAAAUGUUUCAGUUCAUACCCAAAGCCCACCCUGGGCUGGGGAGGGGACAGGGCACACCUGGGGGACUGUUCCCUGGCUGUAACUGAGCAACAGCCAUGUUGAACAGCUCCAGAGCUUUUCUGCAGGGAAAGCUGAUUUCUCUUUUCUCAUGUACCUGGUCCAAAUUCUUCUUCUUUGUCUCUGGAUGUCAGCACCUGCAAAGCUUUAAUUCAGGAGCCAGUUUGCUGUCAGAGAUAAGUGUCUGGUGUUUGUGGAUCCUGCCCACUCCAAGGAGCCUCCUCUGCUGGAAGUGCUGGAAUGAAUUUAUGACAAAUACAGGGAAUGAAAAUCUCCCUCAAAUGCACUUUCUGGCAUGACUUAAAUUAGCUGAAAUUGCUGACAUUUUGCCUUUCUGGGAUGCGUGUCAGUGUCCAUAAACCUUUCUUUCAAACAUUGGAAAAUUAUUGAGUUAAAUGUUGCCAGAACCACAGAGGCAGGAGACACGAGUGUAGGCUGGGUGAAGGUUACUGUGAUGUGUCUGGGUGCUGCAGCACGUGGUGCAAAGGCAGAACGUGCUUCUCUAACCUUGGCUGAUCCCACAAAACUGAAGGAUGACACCACUUCCAAGCCAUAACUCUGCUUGUAAAGUCUUGUUUUUGCAUGGCAUUUAAUUGGGAUAGACUGAACCUGGGAUAGCAGAGUUUAAUGACUGGUCAUUUUGCUUGGACCGAGAUGUUUCCUUAAAGACAAGGAAGUUCUUUGCCUGCUGGUGGGCCCUCCCGUGUUCAUGCCACCACUCUGCUCAGGACUAGGACUAAAUUUAGUCCUUCCCACUUUAUUGGGAAGAGAAUCAGCUCUUCAGCAGCUUUGCAGCUCCGCAGCCAGGACCUGCCAAUUGACAGAGGUCCUGGCCAUUAACCAGGGUCAGAUAAUGCCAACUGCAGCCGAGGGCUGGAGGGAACCCCAGCACACAUGUCUGUGUGGGCAGGGUCUGUACACAGAGGCUCUGGCACUCUGUGCAUUGUUAUAACUGGUGGGAUCCAGGUUGGGAAUCCUCCUGGACAAGUCCCAAAAUGACCCAGGUGCCUCAUGCCCUGCAGUGGCUGAGUGGUGGCCGAGGGAUGAUCCCUGUGUCUCCCUCUGUACAGCUGCUGAGGAACAGCCCAGCCUCAGGAAUGUGUCUGCAGGUAGAAGACACACCAUGAAAAGCUGGCACAUGACACAAAGGAGUUUCCUUGAUGAUAAGGUAGCAGCUUGUCUAAAAGUAAAGACUCUCUUACUGAAACCAGCACUCAUUUCAAACUUCUCUGCUGUUAACUGAAUGUGACAGUAUCUGAGGAUUUAAAGACUGGUUCCUGCUGUUAUUCCAAAUUUACAUUGGCAACAGCAUUUAAUUAAUUUAAAAUUUACUUAGUAGUUUAUUUUCAGAGCCCUAAUGUUUUCAGUGAGAGAGAAUUAACCCCUUCUUAAACUCCUUUGGGUUUUGUCUCCUUUUUUAGUUGACAAAUCAUGGCAUGUCAGCAGGAACGUGCCUGUCCCGUUUGCCCCCAAAUCCAGGUGGGAAAUGCUGAGCGUGGGGGUGUCUGAAGCACUGUCUCUUGUCCCACUAAUGCAGAACUCAGAGAGGCAGAGCUGGCCUUGGAUGUCUUUCUGAAAUAGGGGUGCAGAGAGGGACUGCACUGGGACUGGAACCUCUCCUCUUUUUUUUCCUGCUAAAAACGUGUUAUUUCUACCAGUUCUCUAUGGCACAAGGGCAUCAGUGUUGUGUAGGAGGAAGAGCUCUGGUGGAAACCUUUGCAGGAUUGCAUGCACCUCUAAUAGCUGCUAUCUAUCAAACACUUGUAAUUUAUACAUGGCCCUUUUCAGGGUUAAGUGCAGGUGGCCUGUCCACCUGAGUCAAGGCCAGUGAUUUUUGUCUUAGUUGAUAAUUUUGAUGACAGUUAUGAUCCUGAGCCUGUUGGUAUUGAGAUUCACCUGUAAUUCCUUCCAUUUUCUUCCCAUUUUUCCCAGCUAAACAAACUGAGCUCUCUAAAUGCCUCCCUUUCAGGCACCUUCCCCGUCCCUCAGCUGGGUCUGAGCCCCCCGUGUUGGCCCUCUGAUGUCUGAGGAACUGCUGAAGGAUGCGGCCGCGGGCGCCGAGGGCUGGCUCGCUGACAAGGAGCAGACUCCUCAAAGGCCUGCGGAGGAGACGUAGGAUCUUCAAGCAAGUUCUGGCAGCUGGAUCCCGAUAACAGAUAAACUCACUUGACCACCAUGAGUUGGAGCUUUCUGACCCGCCUGUUAGAGGAGAUCCAGAACCACUCGACCUUUGUUGGCAAGAUCUGGCUGACAGUGCUGAUUGUGUUCCGGAUCGUCCUGAUUGCCGUGGGGGGAGAGUCCAUUUACUACGACGAGCAGAGCAAGUUCGUGUGCAACACGGAGCAGCCGGGCUGCGAGAACGUCUGCUACGACGCCUUCGCCCCCCUCUCGCACGUCAGGUUCUGGGUCUUCCAGAUCAUCCUGGUGGCCACUCCCUCGGUGCUGUACCUGGGCUACGCCAUCCACAAGAUCGCCCGGAUGGUGGAGCACGGCGAGGCCGGGAGGAGGGGCCGCAGGAGGAGCCUGCCCAUCCGCUGGAAGCAGCACCGCGGCCUGGAGGAGGCUGAGGGCGACCACGAGGAGGACCCAAUGAUGUACCCGGAGAUGGAGGUGGAGAGUGUCCGGGAGAGCAAGGAGAAGCAGAGCCCCGCCAAGGCCAAGCACGACGGCCGGCGGCAGAUCCGGGAGGACGGGCUCAUGAGGAUUUACGUGCUGCAGCUCCUGGCCAGGGCCCUGUUCGAGGUCGGCUUCCUGGUGGGGCAGUACUUCCUGUACGGCUUCCAGGUGAGCCCCGUGUUCGUGUGCAGCAGGAAGCCCUGCCCGCACAGAGUCGACUGCUUCAUCUCCAGGCCGACCGAGAAGACCAUCUUCCUGCUGAUAAUGUACGGGGUGAGCUGCAUGUGCCUGCUCCUGAACGUCUGGGAGAUGCUGCACUUGGGGUUGGGCACCAUCCGGGACACGCUCAACAGCAAGAGGAAGGAGCUGGCGGACUCUGGGACCUUCAACUACCCGUUCACCUGGAACACCCCGUCGGCUCCCCCCGGGUACAACAUCGCCCUGAAGCCGGAGCAGAUGCCGUGCACGGAGCUGUCCAACGCCAAGAUGGCCUACAAGCAGAACAAAGCCAACAUAGCUCAGGAGCAGCAGUACGGCAGCACCGAGGGCAACAUCCCCACCGACCUGGAGAUCCUGCAGAGGGAAAUCAAAGUGGCUCAGGACCGCCUGGACCUCGCCAUCCAGGCCUACAACAACCAAAACAACCCCGGCAGUUCCAGAGGGAAGAAGUCCAAAGCAGGCUCGAACAAAAGCAGUGCCAGUAGCAAGUCAGGAGAUGGGAAGAACUCGGUCUGGAUUUAAUGUUGGCUGAGUUGAUGUACUGUGGUUUUCUCUCCUAGUUUAUCAUAAUAACCAGCAGCCCCGUCAAUAAUGGCUUCCAUUAAGGGAAUAUUUGACUCUGCUUGUUUUCAGGGAUACCGUUGGCUAGUGAUGCAGCCCCUGGAGAGGGUUUAUACACUGACUCUGGGACUAUAGAACUUUAUUCUUUUGUCUUCCAAGUCAGGAGACAAAUAGGUAUAUUUAAUUCAUUCUCAUUGAACGGUUUAUGCUGUAUGUACAGUAUUAUAGUACAUUUAUUAUGCACAAUUUUUUUUGUAUUUGUACACUGGAUCUGAUGUUACACUUUUUAUAUCGACCAGGACAAGGCCACGGGUAGCCAUUAAUUAGCAUUUUGUUAAUUUUAUUAUUGUUGUCAGCAGUUAUGUUGUUGUUCUUCCUUGUUUUCCGAGUAAAACUUUUUAUAAAACUUUUCUAUGCUGCGUUUCCGAAGUGCCUUGAACGUGCAGACAGUGGAGCCUCCACUCUCUGGGCAGCCCCUGGGUGGGGAGAUAUUUGGGAAACUGUUCGUGGUGCUCCUGACUCUGCCCUUUACUAAAAGGAUGUGCUACUGGCAAACUGGAAGUAUCAUCCCAUAAACUCCUAUGUCCCACAGGUUUUUUUCCCCUGUAGAAAAUGACUUCCAGGAAAAAAUGUGUGUAUGUGUGUGUCGAGAGCAGGAGUGCCAGAGGUGGAGAGGGCUCAGACCUCCCUGCACACUUUGUGGAACGGGAGGGAAGAGACACUUCAAAGUCCUGCAAAACAUCCAAAAAAAACCUGAAUAGGAAUGACUGGAUUCAGUAAUUCCACGUGUUUCUGUGAUAUUGAUGGGAGGAGAAACUUGUGAGCCUGUUGUUGUGUAACAACAAGGGCAGGCAGUGGAACCUUUUGGGGAGGAUCCCUGUCCUUGCCAAACUAAUCUGGUCAGGUGGAGCCCUGGCAGCUCUGCUCUCCCUCUCCCGGGAGCCGGCACACAGGAGAGUCUGGGGGAGUUCCACAAGGCCCUUCCCGAAUAUCAAUGAUUCUGCCUUAUCCCAGACCCCUCUUCCCCCUGUUCUGUCCAAGGGAUUCAGUUCAGACAGAGCAAUAUGUACAAUUUAGCUUUCUGCUUGAGAGCCCAGCCCGCCGUGGCAUUCCGUGGCUUUGGCAUUAAACUGGAAUUUGCAAUGAGCGGGAGGGGAGUGCGGGACGGUGCCUUCGGCUCUGUCUUUCUGGCAGGGAGCCACGAUCGUCCUGGAGACACGCUGAGAAAUGUCUCUGCUUUCUGUGCUGUUGAUAAUGGAUUCGGGACCUUGCUGCUCUCCCUUUUUGCUGUCAGGUUUUCAGGCCUUUCAGUGCAUUUUGGGGGCCUGUUUCAAGCAGGACCGUUGUGUUCCGAGGCUACCUCAGCCCUCAGUCCCUCGUCAGAGCUGGGUCAGGAGCAGGACUCUGGGAGUCAUGGAAUCACAGGAUGGUUUGGGUGGGAAGGGACCUUGAA